UCGUAUGGUCGCUGUGACCGAGCCAAAUAUCAGACGGGCUGUUUAGUCUAUCGUUUACCUCUCGACUUGACGCGCGACCUCCGGACGACAGAGAGAUACCAAAGGAAGGGCGACUCACCACCAAAGGCUAUUGAUGUUUGAGCAUUGUGUGACAACAGAAAUACAAGAAAUAGGGAAAACAUUGUUUUCAGUGAGUCGAUUAUUUAGUGAUGGUCGGUGUUGGUUUUUGAGAGGAUAAGUCUUGAUUAAAACAGAAGACUGGUGCCAGGAUUAAAAGGAAUAUUAGGAUCCGAAGAACGAAGCAGAAAACUGGGAAUAGAAGUGCCGAAGUUGAUGAAAGAAGAUCGAAACAGCGACUAAAAAAAUAUUACAGCUGUCAGAAUCGAUCGUUCCAGACAACAGUUGUCCUGUCGCGUUGCAGCCGAUUGCUUCGAUCCCGGUGUUUUGAAACGGUGCAAUCCCAAUCCAACGUGCGAGAGGAGAAUACGGUGGAAGGAAAAGCACAAAACAAACGUGAAAUAAAAAUAGGAAACACAAAAACGUCGGGGAAGGAUAUCCUUUAAAUUUGUGACAAAGGGAAAAAUAUUCGAGUCCUGUGUUGAAAUAUUGUGCUGUGUCGUUUUGCGGGGUCAGAAAUUGAUAGAAUUAGAGGAAGCGAUGAUGAUUAUUAGGGGAUGAUAAAGUGCGCCAGUUGAAGCCGUCAUCGAAGUAGGCGAAGCAUCUGAUCCAGCUGUCUCCUAUAGGUAUGUGUAAAUAGUUCUGUGAUGGAUUAAAAGUGAACCGUACCCAAAUAAAAAGGCUGACGACCGUUUCAAGGAAUCAACGACAAGCGGAGAAGAGUAAGAAACCAAAUCAAAAUUCUCGGUGCCAUUAUCAGUGUUGUUUGACAAAUUGAGUGUGAGCCAAAUAAUUAUCGGCGUGAAGCACACGAAAACCGACACACGCAAACCGAAAAUCAAACCCCAAGAGGUGAAGAAGAAACAACAGUGGCAAAACGGGUGAAGAGAAAAAGAAAACAAAGUGUCAACUAAUAACAUAUUAGAAGGAAGCGAAAAAAAUAGAUACAACCCAGGUGCACAAAAAAGAUAAGCGGAAAGCCAAGUGUAGAGCGUCCGUUCAAGUGAAGCAAAAAAAAGAGGUAAAUAACAGGAAAAAAUCGCAAUCAACGAAGCGGCGGUCGUGAAAGGUGAGUGUGUGAUGUGCAAAAAUAAUAACAACAGCUCAUGAGCGGUGCGGAAAAAGCUACUAGCUGAAAUAGAUACACGUCAAAAGGGAAGAAAACCAAGAAGAUCCCACUCUCUCCGAAGCAGUUUUUUGUUCGCCCACAAAACAUAGCUCCAAAAAUAAAGGAAGAAAGUAAGCAUUUCGCCCAAAUCGAAAUUGAAGAAAGUGAUCACUCGAAAAAAAAAAUCAAUCAACGGUGUGAGAGGCGAAAGGGAGCAAAAAGUGUCAUCCCAUGUGCGCGAUCUAGUUAGCCACGGUGUGAUUUUAAGUGAGUGAGCUAGGCGGCAUUCCAGCUGUUGCUCGCCAAGGAACCCCUGUACUGUGCAGACAGAUUAGAGUCGAGCCGGGGUCAACAAGAGACUGAAGAAAAACUGUCAACUCCAAUUUCUGGGAUUAGCAAGAAGCAAGUAACCCGUAGCAUCAAACCGAGAGCGCGCGCAUUUGAAUGGAUUAUCAUCGAAGCAAGCAGUGACUUUUUGAACAGCUAUGUACCGGAAAUGAGUGCCCAGGGGGGCUCCCUCUAGGGGCUCCAUCAUUGGGUGAUCGCAAGCCCAGGCGGAUCGUCCUUCCUUAAAAGCGACGGCGCCAACCGAUAUCACUCUUAUACUAAAUCAGAUCGGUUAACGUUCCUCGAUUGAGCUUCUAUUCUGGGGAAACGAAAGAUUGAGCAGGCUUCUUCGGAGCGCGAUAUGGUCGCAGCAGCCGGAGGACAGCAAGGCGGGAUGGAUGUUGGAUAUAAUCCUCAGCAGAUGAACAACAUGGCGAUGCAUUCGCAGGCGUCAUGGAAUCAAAUGAACGGAAUGAACCAGAUGGGUGGAAUGAAUCAGAUGGGUGGCGGCGGAGGCGGAGGCAUGAACCAAAUGAGUGCCGGGAUGAAUCCCAUGAGUCAGAUGGGAGGAGGUGGCGGAGUCGGUUCAGGGGGAGUGGGAGGAGGAGUUGCAGGCGGCGGCGGCAACAUGGGCGGUAUGGGUGGAAUGCAGAUGAACCAAAUGGGGUCAAUGAACGGAAUGGGAAACUACGGUAGACAUCAUCAGCAGAUGAACCCGAUGGCGCAAAUGAUGAAUAUGGGCAUGGGAAUGGGAGGCCAGAUGGGUCCCGGAUCGGGCAUGAAUGGAAUGAGUCAGAUGAACAGUAUGAAUCCACUCAAUCAGAUGAACCAGAUGUCGCCGAUGUCUAAAAUGCAAGGAAUGGCCAAUGGAUACCCUGCCCACCCGAGGAGGAUGGCUCCUUACCCAAAUCCGCAAAUGCAGAUGGCACAAAAGCGGUCGAUGUAUGGAAUGGGUCAGCAAGGAAUGCCCGGGGCUGGUUCCCAAUUUCCUCCUCACCAACCUGCCGGAGUUCCUCUACCAAUGCAAGCCAACACCGGAUACGGAAGGCAUGGACCCAUGCCAAUGAACUACCGGGGUCCUCAAAUGAUGCAGCAGCGACAAAACACUCCUCCUUACAGCGCUGGAAGCGCACACAGUCAACAGUAUUACAACACGGGCUACCAAAAUAUGCAAGGCUACCAGCCGGACGUUCGGAUGAAUUACCAGCAUAGUCCCGUGCCCGGAAAUCCUACACCUCCACUCACACCCGCCGCUUCCAUGACACCGUACAUUAGUCCUAACCCGGACAUUAAGCCAAACCUACCACACAAAGAUGAAGAACUCCGGCUCACGUUCCCGGUGCGGGAUGGAAUCCUACUACCACCGUUCCGCUUGGAACAUAACCUCGCAGUUAGCAAUCACGUAUUCCAGCUGAAAUCAACCGUGUACAACACGCUCAUGUGUCGGCCGGAUCUCGAACUACAGUUGAAGUGUUUCCACCACGAGGAUCGGCAAAUGAACACCAACUGGCCGGCCAGUGUUCAAGUGUCGGCAAACUCCACCCCGCUAGAGAUCGACCGGGGUGACAACAAGAACACACAUCGGCCACUUUACCUGAAGCAAGUCUGCCAACCUGGUCGGAACACAAUCCAGAUCACGGUUAGCACCUGCUGUUGUUCCCAUCUAUUCGUUCUGCAAUUGGUACAUCGACCGUCGGUCAACCACGUGCUCCACACACUGCUGAAGCGCAAUCUCCUAUCGGCCGAACAGGCGGUGGCCAAAAUCAAGCGGAACUUCUCCGUAGGGCACACAACGAAUCCCAACCAUCCGCUCGGUGCAAACGGACUCGGCCCCGACAAGGACUCCCUUGAACCGGCAACCUCCACAAAAGUCUCCCUCAAGUGUACGGUAACGACGAAACGAAUAGCACUUCCAGCGCGUGGCCGUGACUGUAAGCACAUCCAGUGUUUCGACCUGGAAGCGUACCUAGCGCUCAACUGUGAACGUGGCAACUGGCGAUGUCCUGUGUGCAAUAAACCCGCACUUACCGAAAGUCUCGAGAUCGAUCAGUACAUGUGGGCCAUUCUCAACACCCUCAACUCUUCCAACACGCCGAACGGAAUGGACACGGAAGAGGUAGUCAUCGAUUCGCAGGCGAAUUGGAGGGCGAUCAAACCGGCGGGAGCUGGAGGCAAUGGUGGUUCUAACACAGUCGCACCUGGAGGAUCGACACCGGGAGCCGAGAGCAACAACGGUCGGGGCAGUUCAACGCCUGGACUGAUGGGCAUCAAACCGGAUCCGGACGGCGAUGGCAAACAAUUCAGUAAGGUUAUGUCGCCGGGAUCCACCUCGCUACCCACGUGGGACAACAUGAACGCCAUGAGUCCGUACAUGAGCCCGGAUAUGAGUUCAAUUGCUAGCGGAAACAUGAUGGGAUCAAACUACAAUCAGCGAACGCAAUUCGACAACUUUGGCAAUCCAAUCAAACAGGAACCGAACACAAAUGUGCAGAGUGGUGCAAACAGUAGUGGACCUGGAACGCCAGGCGACUUCGGCCCCAAUCCGCUUGCGCAUCUCAGUGAUUCCGUUAACUCGCUGGAUCCUCUCAACGCGAUGGAGAAGUCAUUGAAUGAUCAGAUGCCCCACACCCCUCAUACCCCGCACACACCAGGUGGUGGUAACUCGCAUCCUAUGACGCCCGGUGGACCGCCAAGCGUUCCGCCGGCCAACGAAAACAACUCCAGUCAAUCCGGAAACAACGGACAAAAUGGCAGCAGCAGUAGUAGUGGCAACAACGGUGGCAGUAGUUCCAACAACCCCGCUGGCAACGGCAACAACUCCGUGAACUCCGGCAACAACGGUAGUCAAAACGGCAACGGUGGUAGCCAUAGCAACAACAAUGUGGUGGCGAACAGCUUGAUGCACUCGCCGCAGCAUCAGCAGCAGCAGGCCAUGGGAAUGGGCAACAAUCCGGCGGCGAACAUCAUGAACUCGCCCCAGAGUUUGAUGAAUUCGCCGCAAAACAUGAUGAACUCGCCGCAGAAUAUGAUGAACUCGCCGCAAAGCAUGAUGAACUCGUCGGUGGCGGCGAACAAUCUGCAGCAGAAUCUGAUGAACACGAUGAACUCGAUGAUGCAGAGCCAGCAGCAGCAGUGCAACAGUAGCCAGGCUGCCGGGCUGGUCGGCCUGACGGACGUGGAUCUGCCGGCAGAUCUCAACUUUGAUCCGGCGGCCGUCAUCGAGGGCGAAGGUGGCAACGAUUUGAAUCUUCUUCCGGACAACGUAGUGGACCCGAUGGAGCUCCUGUCCUACCUGGACCCCCCGCCGGACCUAAACACGCCACCGUCGAGCGGGUCCAGCAACAACGCCAACAGCGACGACAUUCUGGCAGCACUGUUCGACUAGGGCUGACCCGUCCGAGCGUUGCCAGCGAGGCGAAACUGACCUGACGACGACGACGACGACGAAGAUGAUAAAAAUGCAAGCUGAAAUGUGAUGGGUUUUUGUUUGUUUGUUCUCUUUCGGCUCUCCUCCACAAUACCCUUCGCGCACGUGGGCACUUGGACUGGGGAGAGAAUGACAAUUGUUGCGAUUCCGACUGCUCCGACAAAAGGGAUACUAUUUAAGCAAAAUGUAUGAAAUGUGAUUUCGAACGUGGCGCUAACCUAAGUUAGAACAAGUUUACACGCAAGACACCAGCAAAUGGUUGAAUGCAAGGAAUAAAAGGAAUAUGUGGACCUGGAAAGUGAUAUAGUCAAAAAAGAAAACGAUUUUUGGACCUCCCUUCCCUCACCCCCCUCUUCCCCUCUCCCGGCUACACUCCUUUUUCGAGACAGAAAAGUAUCGCAUGCUUAUGACACAUAAGUUUUUUAAAUUGAAUAUUUAUUUUCCAUGAAAUAGUGUUUAGUCUUUUUGUAAAAAGGAAAUUAUUUAUUUUGUACAAAAUCGAAAAGCGAAUCACGUGAACGAUGUAUGAAAGAUAUGUUUUUAAGAAUAUUGUUUCACCUUAGUUUUCCAGGGGGCAAUGGAUCGACUCUGUUUUAUAGAGAUAAAAAUGAUCUUAAAUAAAAUGAUUUACCGGCGGAUGAAAUAAGAGAAUUAUUUAAGAGAAAUGUUAAACUUAAAAAUAUUAAAUUUUAAUCAAAAAUGUACAAAAGAAUUAAGGAACUAUUAUAUAUAAAUUUAAUAUAUUAAAGCAAAACAUUACUAACUAAAUUUAAACUAAGUCACCAACAGACAAACGCACAUAUACAUACACACGCAUACUUACAGAAGCAUACGCAUUGAAGGAAAACCAGCUGACAUUUAAUUGAUAAUGAAGAAGGAAAUGUUGCAACUACUCACUCACACACACACACAUAGAAAAAAUACACAUUCACACAAACACAAACAAUGGAAAUGGUUAUAAUUUUCGCUCUCUUGAAUGUUUGUAGCGUAAUAAAAUUAAUCGAUCUGUAUUUCGAACAAAAACCUAAUACAAUCUGGACGAAUAUUGACGUAAAAUUGAGAUAAACAUCAGCAACUAAAAGUAAACAAAGAAUCACAAACAAAGACCUAUUAAUUGAAUAAUGAAAAGUAAUAGAAAAUAAACGGCUUCAACGUAGUGACCUUUGAUUUUAUUGUAAAGUUAAAGAAAAAAAAACAAAGAAAACAAACAACAUGAAGAAAACGUAUAAGCAAAGAAUCGAUCAAUCAAGAUGGCGCAAACGCGAGGCCAGUAUUUUUAUAUAUUUCAUCGAAACAACUGAAGAUCACCAUUAUUCGCAUUUGUUCCUUUUUCGUUCCAAGCCCCAUCAUGAGAGGUCGCACUCGGUUUUCUUUAGUUUCGCAACGUUCGAAGAUGUCACCGAUCAUCAAUCUUCGUUCCAACCCCGUCAUGCAAGCAGAAAGUUAAAACAUUCUCAAAACCUCGAAACGGGAAGCAUUCAGUUGGUUCCUCUCUCGCAGCAAGAAAGUUCCAAGCCUCUUAAGCAGAUAGUAACUUAUUUCGCAGUCUAUUUAAUUUAGCCACAAUACCGAAGAAAACAAUCCUGCAUAGCCACAAUCGAACCAAUCAUUUUUCAUCACAACCCUUAAAGCUCCAUGCGUCUGCUGAAAACAGAACGCCGCAACCACCAAACAUAUGGAAUCCAUUUUUUUAGAACGUGAUAGUCAUUUAAAGUUAAGUCUUAAAAUUGUGAAAACAGCUAAAGCAAAUCAAUUGAACAGACAUCAUAUAUUUUACAACCAUCUACCGAUUAGAACAAGCGAAACGCUAGUAGAAGUUUGAUGCAAAAGGUUUGGAAUAAUCCGGUGGGAUCACACGAGAAUCAAAAUUCAAAAAAUAUUAAUGAAUACAGCAAAAAAAAAACAAAACACAUGAACUAGCAAAUGAUUGAAGGCAGAGAACGAACGCCGCCACUAUUUUACUCUCGAGAAAAUUUUUAACCUCCUCAUUCACAAUUUUAACCAAACAAGAAACAGAUCGAAGCAACCACGUUCCCCAUCACCUCUAGAAUGUUACCUUGGAUACAAUCGGUUCGGUUUUUUACCACCCUCUUCACAACUUGCAGGUUUUCUUAUUUUUACAUAACACCCUCAAUAGAAAAAAAGAUAAACAAGAAAGACCACUGAACAGCAAAGGUUCUAAAAAUGUAGUUCACCAAUAAGUUCGCCCUCGUUGUAUUAUUUUGUACAUACUGUCUAUAUCCCCAGGCAAGAACAG